AUGUCAUACUAUUUUAAGAAUAUCAAACCCAGUUAUGAUGAUGACAGCGAUGAAGUUUCCGAUGAGCAAGACUUAGAUGCCAUUCUGGCGAGCAAGAUGAGAGGUAGGGCCGAGAGUGAUGAUGAGAGUAGCGAAGAAGAAGAUGAUGGGUUGAGCAAACUUUCUUUUGGUUCAUUGAAGAAGGCUGAAGAUCAGCUAGAAGAAGAGGAACGCGGUGAACUGCGAAAGAAACGCAAGCCGCAACACAGCAAGCCUAUAAAUGAUGAACCUGAGGUAAGGCACAAGGUUUAUAAAGAGGAAGAACAAGAGGAAUCAGACAGUGAAUCGGGGUCCGAUGAUGGUGCAUUCUUUGAAGAAGAUGAAAGAGAUAAUCAUAGCAGGCCAAAAAAUAAGAAUAGUAAAAAGCGGAAGCAUGCUCCAACGGAACACUCAUCUAAGAAACGUGUUUCAAAGAUACGAGACAUACCUGGCUUAGAAAUUGCUAGGCAAGCCAAAUCAGGUAUAUAUCAGGAUGUUAGGUUCACAAAAGCUACUGGUGAAGCUACAGACUUCUCAGUUAUUAGAAGAAGAUAUAAAUUUCUGGAUGAGUAUAGAGAGAAAGAGAUUGAAGAGAUGGAGAGAUUAUUGAAUGAUAAGAAGUUUGUAAAUAAAGCUGAGAGCAGAGAAAUUGAAAACAUGAAGGAAAAAGUACGUAGUAUGAAAUCUCGCUUACAAUCUGUCAAGAACAGAGAACUCGAGCAACAGAUUGUCAAAGAUUAUGAAGGUAAGCUGAAUGAAGGUAAUAAGAACAGAUUCCACUUGAAGAAAGCAGAGAAACGUAAGGUUAUUCAAAAAUGGAAAUUUGAUCACAUGAAGGCUAAGCAACGUGAGAAGGUCAUGGAGAGAAAGAGGAAGAAGAAGCUUGGUAAAGAGUUUAAGCAAUUUGAGUUUCAUAAUCGCUAA